AGUAAAACCCCAAGGAAAGGAGAGGGGCCAUGGCUGCCACAGCAACCUUAGCUUCAAUCUUGACUAACACUUCACUUUCGUCGCUUGUAUGGAGCUCAACUUACAGAAGAACUCUUCUAAGUCCUGUAAGACUGGUUUGCAGAUUAGCCUCUAACCAUUUUUGGACAGAAAAUUACCAGAAAAACUCAAACUUUAUCACCUGGGAUUCACGAGCCAGAAGCCGAUAUAGAAGCUUUAGCUGUCAAUCCACUGCUUCUUCGAAUGUUGACUCAACUCCUGACUCUGUUUCCUCAAAUGGCUUCCGAAAAUAUGGCCGCUUGCUUCCAUGUCCGUCAGAGAAUGGCCCACCAAGAGUGGAACACUUAGUUGUUAAGGAAGGAGGGCCUGUGCUUGAUUAUAUUAGUAACUCUUUAGAUCUCCCUCCACUGUUUGUUGCAGAUCUUAUUCAUUUUGGAGCUGUGUAUUAUGCUCUGGUAUGUCCAAAGCCUCCCCCUAGUGCCACUCCUGAGCAAAUUAAAACAUAUAAAGAAGUUACAGCUCCAUCAGUUCUCAAAAACCGAGCCUCCAUUAAAGGGAAAACUGUUCGUGAAGCACAGAAAACUUAUCGGAUAACUCGUGCUGAUGAGUUUGUUGAAGCUGGAACCUAUUUACGUGUGCAUGUACACCCAAAACGUUUUCCGAGGUGCUAUGAAAUAGAUUGGAGAUCAAGAAUUGUUGCCAUAACGGAAUCCUAUGUUAUUCUGGACAAACCAGCUGGUACAUCAGUUGGAGGAACUACUGACAAUAUUGAAGAAAGCUGUGCAACAUUUGCUACUCGUGCAUUAGGAUUAACAAGUCCAUUGAUGACUACCCAUCAGAUUGAUAAUUGCACUGAAGGCUGUGUUGUUUUAGCUAGAACCAAGGAGUAUUGCUCAGUUUUUCAUGGGAAAAUCAGGGAGAAAAAAGUUAAAAAGCUUUACCUUGCACUUGCUGCUGCUCCUGUGCCGGUUGGAGUCAUUACCCAUUACAUGCGACCAAUUAAUAUUGCACCAAGACUUGUUUCUGAAGAAUCUGUUGAUGGAUGGCACUUGUGCCAGCUUGAGGUCCUAGAAUGUAAGAAGGUUGCCUGGCCCACAAGCAUGACGGAAAGGAGAUAUAGCAUUGAGGAUUGUGGGUGGCCUCCUCAAGAUUUCGCAUAUGAGUGUAAAGUCAACCUUCUGACUGGUCGAACUCAUCAGAUUCGAGCACAGUUGGCUGCCUGUGGUGCUCCAAUAGUUGGUGAUUCAAUGUAUUUGCCAGCUGCUGUUGCUGAGAUCGUCAAUCCUAGGCUUAAUCCAUUUAGGAAGAAUAGUAAAAAAUAUGCAAAUGAGACUGAUAAAGCACAGGCUAUUGAAGAGUGGAUAGCUCAGCAUGGGAAAGAACCAGCCGUGGCUAUUGGUCUUCAGGCAUGUCAGAUUUUGUGGGACAAUGGAGAGCACUUUUAUGAGGCUGGAACCCCUUGGUGGAGGUAGAUGAUGCUUGGCUAUGCUUCUUAGAACCAGAAUAACUGAUGACUGAAUUAUGUUGUGAGGUGGGAGAAUUUCCCUUGUCAAUUUUGACGAUAUGCCAAUUUCAGCAAAUAGCACUCUUGCAGCUUCUCCACCUGUUUGCAAAAUUUUCCACGUAUUUAGAAAUCUAUGCUUUUGGGAAGCCAUUGGUCAAAAUCGAAAUAGGAAAGGACAUGAUAUCCUGAUAUCGUUGUAUAGAUUAGAUUGAUAAUGGGGUAGGGUAGGAAUAGAAUACAAGACUUUGGAGGGCCAUUGUGCUUAUAUUUGAGUUAAGGUUCCAGGUUGAUUUCA